GGAAACCGGAAGGGGAAGUCAUUGCGGCCGCCGCAAUGCAGAGGGAGGAGAAGCAACUUGAGGCAUCAUUAGAUGCACUGCUGAGUCAAGUGGCUGAUCUGAAAAACUCACUGGGGAGUUUCAUUUACAAGUUGGAGAACGAGUAUGACCGGCUGACCUGGCCCUCUGUAUUGGACAGCUUUGCCUUGCUCUCUGGACAGUUGAACACUCUGAACAAGGUGUUGAAGCAUGAAAAGACACCACUGUUCCGUAACCAGGUCAUCAUCCCUCUGGUGUUGUCCCCAGACCGAGAUGAAGAUCUCAUGCGGCAGACAGAAGGACGGGUGCCCGUUUUCAGCCAUGAGGUGGUCCCUGACCAUCUGAGAACCAAGCCUGACCCUGAGGUCGAAGAGCAGGAGAAGCAAUUGACAACAGAUGCUGCCCGCAUUGGUGCUGAUGCAGCUCAGAAGCAGAUCCAGAGCUUGAAUAAAAUGUGCUCAAACCUUCUGGAGAAAAUCAGCAAAGAGGAGCGAGAAUCAGAGAGUGGAGGUCUCCGGCCAAACAAACAGACCUUUAACCCUGCAGACACCAGUGCUUUGGUGGCAGCUGUUGCCUUUGGGAAGGGGCUGUCUAAUUGGAGACCUUCAGGCAGCAGUGGUCCUGGCCAACCAGGCCAGCCAGGAGCUGGGACAAUCCUUGCAGGAUCCUCAGGAUUACAGCAGGUGCAGAUGGCAGGAGCUCCAAGCCAGCAGCAGCCGAUGCUCAGUGGGGUGCAAAUGGCUCAAGCAGGUCAACCAGGGAAAAUGCCAAGUGGAAUAAAAACCAACAUCAAGUCAGCUUCAAUGCAUCCCUACCAGCGGUGAGUGUGGCUGGCAACCUCCACUCCCAGGUGCUCUUUGCAGAUUUGGGCAGUGAAGUUACCUUUUGCUCAAGGCUCACCUAGAUGGGUACAAUAAAAAGAACAUUGGCUUUCAGCAACAGAUAAAUCCCAGCUCCACCGCUGACUAGCUGUGUGGCGUCGGGCAAGUGACCUAAUUUUUCUGGGCCUGUUUUCUCAUUUGUAAAUGGUGAUAAUACCUACCUCGUAGGGUUGUUGUGAGGAUUAAAAUGAGAAAACGAAUGUAAAACACUUAGCACAAUAUGUGAAAUAAUGGGUAUUCAAUAAAUGAUAGUUUCUACA